AUGAUUGGAGUAUUGACUUGUGGUCGUUUAGCAUAUUUGGCUUAACAUAGUGAUCUAGACCCUAAACAAUGUUUUUAAUUAAUUUCACCUCACUUUUUAGUUAUAAGCAUCAUAUACUAAGUACUAGUUAUCCUUUCAAGUUUUUUAUCUUUAUACUGUUUUAGAAAUUAUGAAUUUGUCUAAGGAGAUAUAACGAGAAAAUUUAGUUACUUUAAUUUGUUAACUAUCAUAUUUCAUAUGGCAUUAUAAAUGUCAUCAUUUUGGAAAGAAAUGUUUAGUCAUUACAACUAUCUUACUCAUUCAAUUUUCAAUCUAAUAAUAAUUAUAAUAGCUUUAGACAUAUAUUUGAAUAUUCCUUUUUGUUUUUAAAAAGAAACAAUUUUCUUUAGCAAAUGUUUAUGGUGUUCAUGGUUUUUGAAAUUUUAGUUGCAAUUUGGAUAUUUUCUGAUUUAAAUGAUGGUCAUAUCUUUUUAAGUUUCUAUAUAUGUGUUACUGUAAUUUAUAUAGAUAAAUAUUAUAGUUAAUAUUUGGUAUCAAUUAAGUACUUUAUGACAUUUAUAUUGAUAAAGAAUGUUAAUUAUUUUUAAUGUCUAAAUCAAAUAAAAUUAGUGAGCAUCCAUUAGAAUAUAUUUGUUAAUUAUGUCAUUUGGAGAAUACUUAUUAUUAAAAUAUUUAGGGAUUCAUUGUUAAAAUUGUAAUGAUUUAACAUGUCCUUGUAAAUAAAAGUUAAAUAAAUUUAUUUCUGAGUAAACCUAACUUAAUACAUAGUAAAUAUAUAUUUGAGUAUAACAUUAAUUUUAAAAAAUGA